AUGACAAACAAAUUCUUACCGUUUAAAAUGAUCAAAAUGAUGAUCACAUGUGUGGCCACAUUCACACUCUGUUGGCUUCCGUUUAAUAUACUUAUAAUAGUGGGCGACGAGUAUAAAGAGAUUUACGAAUAUAAAGAUAUUAUAUUCGUAUGGUUUGCAUGUCAUUGGCUUUCAAUGUCUCACGCCUGUUAUAACCCAUUGAUCUACAUCUGGAUGAACGGGCGAUUUAGAGAUGGAUUUAAAUAUGUUUUCCGUUGUCUGCCGUGCAUUAAACAGCCGGCCCAUAGACCCGACUUCAACGGAUUGCCGCACUUCAGUACAUCAGCCAAUGCUUCGGGCGUUAAGCAGAGUAUGAAACGAAUGAACACUCAAUUGCAUCGAAACGGA